AUGACUCAAAACUCAUUUAAGACUUUACAGGAAGUUUUGCUCCUUAGUCUGGAAAAAAAGCUAAUAGAUGACGAAGAAUUUGCCGUGCUGUAUGAAGAAUUCACUCCACAAAACCUUCCGUUUCGCCACUGGGAUUACGAAAAAUUUUCCCUCGAAAACAAAGACCCAGCAGAGUGUAAGGCAGACUUCAGAUUUGAAAAGAGUGACAUCUCAUUGCUGGUGCAUGUUUUACAGAUGCCUGAUACCUUCACAUGUCCGAAUGGUACCGUUUGUGAUUCAACAGAAGGACUUUGUGUUAUACUAAAGCGCUUUAGCUAUCCAUGUAGGUUGUCUGAUAUGAUUUCUACUUUUGGUCGAUCAGUACCCGAGCUCAGCAUGAUUAGUAAUGAAGUCACUGAAUGGAUGUACAAUGUUCAUGGCCAUAGGAUUACCGAAUGGAAUCAUUUCAUUAUGUCUCCUAACCUACUGCAAACGUACUCUGAAGCAAUUCAUGACAAAGGUGCCGCCUUGGAAAACUGUUUCGGCUUUGUUGAUGGAACGGUUCGUCCCAUAUCAAAACCAGGAGUCAAUCAGAGAGCUGUUUACAAUGGCCACAAGCGCGUUCACGCCCUUAAAUUUCAAUCCUUGGCCCUACCAAAUGGAUUGAUUGGCCAUCUGUUUGGACCAGUAGGUAAGGGUAUAUUAAUUCAUUUUUUAUGUUUUUACUUGGAGAGACAUUUUUAUCACUUAUGUGAACUUAAAAGUUAGAUUGAUUUUUUUUUUUCAUAAUGUUAAUCUGACGUUUCUUGAUGACUCCCUCCUGGUCUCUCAAAUCAGAGGUAUUUUCAGUAGCUCCCACUUUCAAUUGUUAUUAGAGGAAAUGGUUGUCCUGUCACCACAGACAAAUAAAUUAUAAAUAAUUUUCUGACUUAUAGGCCAUAAGUACCUGGACUGUAAGAAUAAUAGCCAGCGAAUCCUAUGUUUUUUGCCUACUCAAUUACUAAGGUAAUCAAUGGUCUAUAUAGGUAACAGUUUGUCAGUCAGCCAAUGUGUGACUGAUUGUGGUUCAAAAUUAAUUUUUUUGGCUCUUGUUCAGAGGGACGAAUGCAUGAUGCGAGAAUGCUGGACACAUCUGGCCUCUAUGUUGACCUGGCACAGUUCGCCUUUUCCCCUGCUGGACAGGAGAUGUGUAUCUACGGGGAUCCGGCAUAUCCUCUACGUACCCAUCUGCAGUGCCCCUUCAGAAAUGGGGUGUUAACAAGACAAAUGGAAGAGUUUAAUGCAUCUAUGAGUUCUGUACGUACAAGUGUGGAAUGGUUGUUUGGAGACCUUAUAAAUUAUUUCAAGUUUCUCGAUUACAAAAAGAAUCUCAAAAUUGGCCUUAGCCAUGUAGGAAAAAUGUACAUUGUUUGUGCACUUUUGCGGAAUGCUUUAACAUGUCUCUACCGCAAUACGACUGCUGACUACUUUGGCCUUGACCCACCAUCACUAGUCGAUUACUUUAGCUAA